CUCUUCACUGAGAAUGAAUGACGACCCACGCUGUGAUUGGCUGUGCGUCGUCUCCAAGCAACAGGACGUAAACAACGCCGGGGAGUUCAACUGACGGUAACCGGUUUCUCCAACCCAGGAUCCUCUGCUGAUAUCUGCUAUAUAAGAGAAGUUUCCUGAUCAACCAUGGAGAGAGACAGGAACAAGAUGGCCGACAGGAUCAUAAACCUCACCCUAGAGAUACUCUUCCGGAUUACUGGAGAGGAUUACACAGUAGUGAAGAAGUCCUCUAGUGGGCGCUGUCGGGCCCCUGUGUGGGAAGGAUGGGGAAGAACCCUGAGCCCAGUCCCGGGGCCCCCACCUCACUCCCUGAUACAUGAGGAAAUGGAGGAACAGAAGAUCCUAGAACUCAUCAACAAGAUGAUGGAGCUGCUGACUGGAGAGCAGUGGUGUCUUCUUCGGUCGUCUUCCAUUAAGUCCACUUAAAGCGACGGAUAGUGCGAUCUGACACUGAUGGACCUUGACCUUGGACUUCACCUCUAAAGGAAGUUGUUCUGGACUCUUUGGUUACCAGUCGUAUUAUCUGUCUCUUCGAUUUGCCAUCAGUUUUCCUCUUGUGGCCAUGUCCAGAGAGAUUGUCUACAGUCCGGGGGACCUUAAACUUUAGAAUAUUAAAUAAAAACUACUAGAUAAUAUGGAAUGUGCAUGAUGUGGAAUGUAACUAUGAUGUACACUACUACCCUGGCCCUUGUGGUUGUCCCAUACAAUUAAACAGAAUAUACUAGUUGUUUAGAUAAAAAUACAUAAGCUAAUAAAUUAAAAUCCAAUGAAUAAAAAUAGUUAGCUAACAAAAUGCUCCUUCUUGUGAUACCAUGUGAUUCGCCUGUAGAACACUGUGACAAUACUUAGAACCAGGGCUGUAGUUUCCAUGAGGCGAGUGAGACGAUCACCUCAGGCGCGCUGUUCCAAGGGGCGCAGUGGUCAGUACUGCUUGUACAAGGAGUCCAGCACACAUUACACUGAGGCAUCGAUUCCCAACCGGGGUGACAGGACACUAUGGGAAAUAUGGCGCUAACAUUUUUAGAUUUUCCCGCCCGGCAUUCGUACCUGUGAGUCACAGACGUGCAGGCCGGGCUGGAGGGAAGUCUGUGUGCAGUGCCGGGACGGGACGGGUGAUGCUUCAGCUCCAAUCCUUGUGUAUCCUCCCUCUCCUGUGGAGAAGCUCUGGACUCUCACUGGUCCAUCAGCAGAAUGAUGGGGAUGGAGGGAAGGAGCAGAGGCAGCGCUGACAGAGGCCUACUCCGCUUCAGGUACUGAACCCCCUCCCUUCUGUCACUCUAUACAUCCCUCUGUCACCCAUGUACAGCCCUCUGUCACAUCUUUACACCCCUUUGACACCCCUAUCACCACUGUACACCCCUCUGACACCACUGUACACCCCUCUGUCACCCCUCUGACACCACUGUACACCCCUCUGA